CAACAAUUUGUGCCGUGUUAAAUGGACGAUUGGAGAAGACAUUAAAAUUUACAAAAAUGUAAUUAAUCAUUGUUUAAAUAACCAAUGUCAGAUGAAAUCCUACAACGUAAUCAAACCGUUUCAUAAAAAUUUCCCUACAAACGUUUUAAAGUUAAAUUUCAAUGAAUGAAAUAAAUAGCGACCUUGCACUUAACAGCUGUCAACUAGCAAAGGUGAAGACAAGAAUGGAAUAAACAAAAAAUACAAUACUAUAUUUUCAUCAUGAGGAGCGUCAGUUCCCAUCUUCUAGAGGAUAAAAUGGAUGAUGAUGCAGUCACACAUUAUAUCAAUUCUCACCAAUCUACAGAGGGUGUCCAUGUGGAUGCCAAUUCUCUGGCACUGAACGUGCAGGACGACGGCGGUGGUCGAGUGGUGACAGUGAUGCAGCCACUUAGCUUCUCAGCAUCACAAAUGUGCAGACAAGUAUCAGUGAAUGAUCAAGUGAAUGAGGGCCAAUGGAGUGAAGAGCUCUUAGACCCUGAGGGGCGACUGGAAGCAAUAGUAGCUCAUCUGUCUCGGCCACCCCACCAUGCUCAUCACAAGAUAUCUGCAGUCAGGAACGAUGUAGAUGCUUCAGUUAUAUUAGACGCUCCUAUGAGGCUGUAUAAUGGACCACCAUUGGAUAGUACUAUGCUAACGGAACAAGAUGGCCAAGUACUAGAUAUAGCAGCGAGCGCCUCUCCUAUACAAAAACAUCAAAGUAAAAAGAGUCUGCCGCAUAAGAAGAGGAUAUCAAAGAAGUUAAAAAGAAACACAGGCGGUAGUACUCCACAACAAGAUCAGAUAGUGGUGAUCCACUGCAACUCGCAGCCGGCGCAGGAGAUCCUGCCCGACAGCUUCGUGAGCGCCGCGCCGCACCUCGCGCAGGUGCGGCCCGUGCUGCUGUGUCAGCUGUGCGGGGAGUUCUACGGCGAGGACCAGCUCAAGUUCUACCACCACCUGCGACAGCACUACGAGCCGCAGCACCAGCACCAGCACCACCAGCACCAGCACCACGCGCACGACCACAGCACCAUCAUCAUAGAGAACCCUGUGCCGGACCUCGCCAUCGACAAGAUGACCAACACCUGCAUAGUAGAUAAUGUACAAACUCUCCCCGACUCCUUAGUAGAAUUAUCUCUAGAGAAUACCGUACCUAAAUCUAUAUACCAACCCAUAGACAAACACAUUCUAUAUACGACCAGUGACAAGACUCUGUCCUGUCACAAUAAGGUCCAGUAUACGAUGGCAGGAGAAAAAGAAAUACCUCAAGAUAAUAGCAAGUCGGAAUUAUAUGAAACUUUAGCGAAACUCGAUUUGUACAACUGUCCCAAAUGUGAUAAGUCGUUUAGGAAACAGAAGCUGUGUGAAGCACACGUUAAAGAAGCCCAUUUGAAUCCUAAGCCGUUUAGUGCGACUUCUGCACCAAGACCUUCCGCGCCUCCUCCUACCGCCUCAGCCACAUGCGCACGCACACCGGUCUGUCGCCGCACACUCCGCACACUGCGUACACUGCGCACACACCGCACACCGCACACCGCACAUCGCCGCAUCCACACCGGCGAGCGCAACUACAAGUGCGACUUCUGCACCAAGACCUUCCGCGCCUCCUCCUACCGUAGUAAACCCUACAAAUGCUCGCAAUGCGAGAAAUGUUUCCGCGUCGCGUACGACCUGCGCCGGCACAUGCUCAUACACGAGAAGGUGCGGAUCAGGCUCGACGACAUGAAGCCCAAACACAAAGACGGCAAGGACAACAAGACCAAACCUGACGACACCAAGACCAACAAAACCCUGGAUGUGAAACCUACAAAGAAAACCACCACCAACAGACUUCCUAUACUCAGAAGUAUCUUAGACAAGAAACAACCUCCCAAAACCAAAACAAAAACUAAAAAAGGUGCUCCAAAUGUGACCGUGGCUCAAAGUAAAGAAGUCGCUAUUAAAAUAACAGAUAAAUUUACUAAUAAUGUGGAAGUGUUUGAUACCAGACAAGUAGAAUAUAAUAAAUAUAAAGAUGUUUUUGAAUAUAGAAAUAAUGAGGUGCUACAAACGUAUAAAAAAGAUUAUUCAGAAGAAAUAGUGUACAAAGAUAAUGAUAGAUUGACUGAAGAGAGAGAGUUAGCGGUUCUUAGACCGAUGUUCCGGAACAGUCCGAUAGAAGAAUUGGAAAAAACUCAUAUAAGAUCGGAUAAUACUGAUGGGAACUUCCAAGUGUUUACUCAUAUGGAGAAGAAUACAGAUGGGAAUUACCAUGUUUACACACAUUCUGAUAAAACUAAAAACUAUAUAGUGCCAGCAAAUAAUUCAUCUCUUGAUAGAGAAAUUAAUAGGGAAGUGAGGAACGAUGGACUUUCUUCUGAAAAUAUGGACAAUGUGUUCUUAGAAAGAUUAAGUGCAUUUUACAAUAUAACGGCUGUAUAAAUGUGAUGUUUGGUGAUAUCCCGUUUGGGACCAAAUAGUGAAAUCGGUUUUUUUUAAGUGUAAAGUAUGAUCUCUAUGGUCUUAUGUACUUUUAUUGAAGAUAAGUUUGGGUUAUAUGGUAAUACCUAUUUGUGAAAAAAACAUUCUAUAUCAUGUAAAAGUUAGUAUAUUUGAAGAAAAAAGUAUAUUUGACCUUUUUUUAUUGGAAUUUGCUAAUCUGUGGGUAAUUGGAGAUUUGAACAAUUUUACUAAUUUCAAUAAAAACAUGAUGUUUGU